AUGCCCAGCCAGGCGGAAAUCGAGGCGUCCAACGCGCUGAUCAACGACGCCACGGCGCCGCGCGUCUCCGUCUUCGCCGGGGCCACCUCGGGCGUGGGCCAGCUGACGGUGCGCGCCCUCGUCGCCACGGGCGCCAGCGUGCGCAUCUACCUCGUCGGCCGGCGGAGCGCGGCGGCGCGCGCGGCGGCGUUGAUCGCCGAGCUCGAGGCCGCCAACCCGCGCGCCGAGAUCGUGUGGACCGAGGCCGAGAUCUCGCUGCUGGCCGAGGUGAGGCGCGUGUGCGAGCUCAUCAGCAGCAAAGAGCCGCGCGUCGACCUGCUCUUCCUGUCGGCGGGCUACGCGCCGUUCGGGCGGCGCACCGAGACGGCCGAGGGCCUCGAGGUGUGCCAGAGCCUCGAGUACUACUCGCGCCUGCUCUUCGUGCUGCGGCUCCUCCCCGCGCUGCGCGCCGCCGAGGCGCCGCGCGUCAUCAGCGUGCUGGGCGGCGGGUUCGAGACGGCCAACGGCAUCGACGUCGACGACAUCGACCUGCAGCGGCCGGGCAACUUCAGCGCCGUCAAGGCGCAGUCGCAGUACGUCAACCUCAACUCGGCGGCGCUGGACAAGGUCGCGGCCGACAACCCGCACGUCACCUUUAUCCACGCCUCGCCCGGCUGGGUCAACACGGGCAACGUGCACCGGGGCGACGUGGACCCCAACUCGCUGUGGGCGUGGUUCGUCUACCUCUUCCUCAACCCGCUGAUCCGCCUCCUGGCCAUGAGCGACGAGGUCUCGGGCCAGCGGCAGCUGUUCAACUGCACCAGCGCCAAGUUUGGCGGCAAGGGCGUGCCGUGGACGGGCAAGCCGGGGAUCAACACGCUGCAGAAAGAGAGCGGGGGGUUGUUCAUCGUCAGCCACCGGUGCGAGACGUGGCCGAAGGAGACGGUCAUGCCUGUGGUGCGCGAGAAGGCGCAGCCGAAGGUCUGGGCUCGGGCUCAGGAGGUGCUUGGACCAUAUCUGUGA